AAUUCGAAGAUUGUGGUGUUAAUUGAUGUUAUCAUUAUCAUAUGUGAAUGAUUUACUGAUGGAAUGGACUACGUAUUCUAUUUUUGUUCUUCAGAUAUAUUGAAAAUGUAAUUGUGGUCAGGUAGAUGGCUGGGGGAUUCAGCAUUUGUGUUUCAGUGUUAUGGGUUGUUUACGUGCUAUCUACUCAUUUUUUUUAUUAUGAAAAGCUCAACUCGAAAUUUUUUGGACUUGACGGAAUAUUAAAGAAACCUUACGAUGGUAACUUAGCCAGUGAUAAUGCUUUUUUCACAUACGUUCAAGUAUAUCCCCUCAGACAGGGAACAUCAGAAAAUCAGACAGACCAUGCACACUCAUCGAAUUCGAAUCAGCUUAAUCAUGAUUUUAAUAUCUCACGUAACCGCCAAGAAAACAAUGAAAGGCCUAGGCGAUCUAGACCAAUAGCAGAAUGUACUGAAAUAUGUACAGGCAUAAACGACCAACAUGUUUUAGUUUGUAACGGGCAGCAUAUACCACGGCAGCUUCUGAACCUACCACCACCUCCACCACCUGUGAACAUUCCUCGAUUAUCAUCAACUGCUAUCCUGGAAAACCCCCCAAUGCAGACACCGGAUACUUCAGUUGUUGGUGAAUUUCUGACCAUAAUGGCAUAUACCAUGACAGAAGAUGUUUGUCUCCGAACCAUGCUUAGAACCUCAUUGAGAAUUGUUGAUCAGAUCCUUUAUAGAAUAUAUCAAUGUGAUUAUCAAGAUGCCGUCAGGAAAUGGGUCGGACAUUUAGGUGUAUCUUUGGAAAAUGGACAAGAUGAGGGAAACAUGGUGCUUCCAGCAUUCGACUUUUCUAGCAUUGUGCAAAGCCGUUGUGAUUAUCCAAAUUGUUUAUCGCCAGAUGAGAAUUUUAAACAGUCAUGUCAAUCUGGUCCUUGGAAGUCUUGGGAAUGGCGGACCAAACAGACUUCAAAGGUUUAUUGACGGAUGGUUUCACACUACAGAAAGAUGCAAUGCUCCUAGUCGACCUAUUAAUCCCGAGGGUUCGAAUACCACAGGAGAGCGACCUGCCACCUGCAGCACCACUUCUUGUCUAGGCACUCGGCAAAGAAACCGUGAUCUUUCAUCCAGUCAACCACAACUGGUGCUUCCAAUCAACUUAAAUAGAAUGCCGUUCUCUUCCAGCAACGAAUUGCCAACUAACGUUAAUUUCGGAGGAUAUAGGUAUCGUUUAGCUGGGGUGUCGUUCCGAAUGAUGGAACCUAAUGGUAGACGCUGGACCAGCAGAAUAAUGCACUUGGGACAAUCUUUCUAUCACAGUGCAGAUUCCUUUGAAUCUCAGCGUUAUCACGCAGAUCCUUUGAACAGCGCCCUUUCAUUUGCGUACUACGUUAUAGAUACCGGUGACUACAUAACUUUUUAAUCUUGCUCAGGAUCCCAUGCGUCUUUGAAAUG